CGACCCGUAAAUCGCGACCAGUCCAUCCGCGGCGCGUCUCCCCAACGCCUCUAGUGUUCCCAUGCUCAGCAUUUCUAUCGUGCUGAUAUCAACCCCAAAACUCAAUUUCCACCAUGCCUGCAAUUCCACUGCUACCAGAGAGUCCAACCCUACAUCCGCAGUACGUACUGCAAUAUUGAUCUCGGUAUUUCUAGACAGGAUUCCAAAAGGGCUGGGUUCUUCGCGAGCGUGGCAAGAAAUGUGCGAAGCCCAUCAGCGGCAGUGCCAGACUUGCUGCUGAUGCCGGCACUAAUAUUGUGGUAAACACUCAUGCGCACGUCUCUUCGCAACCGAGCGCUACUUUCUGGGCUACUCAGGGGUACACUGGGUGCAAUGCCCAGAAGGAAAGUCUCGUUUGACGGGCUGAUAGAGCCUUUUCCCUGUCGUUUUCCUGUUUGAUGGGACAUCAUGGCGAGAGGUAGAGCCUUGAGAAGAUCCUUCUCCUUCACUGCCCUCCAACCAGUCCCUUGCAUCUUCUUCAACAGUGCUUCGUUUUCUGACAGGUAACCAAUGCCUUCCAUUGCACCAAGAUCAAUGGCUGAGCAGGCGAGGCCAUUGUUGUUUCUGAACCGCGCAAAGGCAUCGAGGAACGUAUUUGCGCUGGCAUAGUUGGCCUGGCCAACUUGACCAAGAAUGCCGGACAGUGAACUGAAGAGCACGAAGAAAUCCAAAUUCAGGCCUCGCGACACUGUGACGUCGUGGAGAUUGUAUGUUCCUUUAAUCUUCGGCAAGGUAACAUCGCUCCAGUCUUCUAUGCUCAUACCAUCAAACAAUUGGUCGCGUAGAACCAUCGACAUUUGGAUGACGCCCUUAAGUGGUGCUGAUGCACUAUCCACUGCAUGUGCGACAUCAUCCACAUCGGUGACAUCUCCACGGAUGAGCUGUACGGUACAGCCCAUGCUCUCGACUUCUCUCGUGAAAUCGGCAUCAUGUUGUCCCUUGCCUGCACUGCGUGAUAGGAAAAUUAGGUGUUUUGCACCAUGUUCUACCAUCCACACAGAAACUGCGCGGCCUAACCCGCCUAGUCCACCGAUGAGAAGAUACGAAGAGUCACCGUCCAGUUUGGUUUGGACCUUCUUCAUGGCAUUCACAUCCCGUACUAGAGCUUUCCCAGACGAGUCGCGCAGCUCAAGCACAAUCUUGCCUAUAUGCUUGCCCUGUUGCAUGUAUCGGAACGCUUCCAGCACUGCGGGAGCCUCGAAUGUGCGAUCGACUCUAAUCGGCUGGAAAUGGCCCUGGGCAAAGCAAUCCAUGGUAUAUUUCAGCAUCUUGUUGCUGAUCUCCGGUCGCUCUUGUCUCAUUUGCUCAACGUCCAAGCAGCAGUAGCGGCGAUUGGCGAGGAAUGGACUCAUAUCAAGCCGAGCAUUUCCUAGGAGAUCGCGUUUGCCUAUCUCCACCAUAGAACCCCAGGGAGCCACGCACUUCCACGUUGCGUGAAGAAGCUCGCCUGCUAAGGAGUUCAGGGCAACAUCUACUCCUUUGCCGUCAGUGGCUUUAAGCAGAUCAUCAACAAAUGAUGUGUUUCUAGAGUUGAAAAUGUGGUCCCUUGGAAGACCGAAGGUUUCCAUUAAAUAUUGCGCUUUCUGCUCGCUUCCCACAGUUGUGUAGAUAGUGGCGCCGAGCAUACGAGCGACUUGAAUAGCAGCCAGCCCCACACCACCUGCUCCGCUGUGGAUGAGCACAGACUGCCCUGCUGACAGGCGGGCGAGCUCAAUCAAACCAUAUACUGCUGUGAUGAAGACAGUCGGGAUGCAGGCGCCUUGAACGAAGCUGAUAUUGUCAGGUAUCUUCUCAUAGUAUACCUGGUGGCCUGUGAUGGUAGUAGAGAAUGUGUUGAUUCCAAUCACAACAGCUCGAUCUCCUGGGACAAGCUUGGAGACCUUCGAUCCAACACGCCGUACAAUACCGGACGCUUCGUAUCCGAAUUUCGGUUCGUGACGUCCGGGAAUGAUUUGCAUGCCGACAAGAACAUCGCGGAAGUUGAGGCCACUCGCAUAGACUUCUACUUCUACAUCUUCAUCCUGUAGGACCGCCGUGGGCUUUGUUGACCACGUGAGAGAAUCAAGACGUCCAGGAUGAGACUGCGUCAUGACCGCUUCCUCGGUGUUUUCGGACGUAACGAGUUCUUUGUCUAGGACAAAGGGGAAGAUCCGGUUAACCAGCGUCUGUCCGUUAUGAAUAGAGUACUCGUAAUCUGGACCAAGAAUUCCAUCGGCAUGUCUGCAUUGCAGCUUGCCCACAAAAUCGGCGAGCAUAGUGGCGUAUUCGGCGGCGACAACCUUGUCCAUCUCCAGGGUGACGAGCUCAAGGUUCUUUUCAUUGCGCAAAGUUCGCAGCAAGCCAAUAACCUGCGCAUAUCUCGGGUCGGUGCAAGCAACACUUGUAGGAUGCGUGACCCACACCAUGGUUGAUUCUCCAAGAUGAUCCAAAAGGGUUUUGAGCUGAGACAUCCUUUCUGCAUCCAUGGCCCCGCAGAAUGGUUGCUCUUCGUCAAGAAACGCGAUUAUGUCCUGGCCGGUCGGUGGCACCUCCCCUAAGGAACAGUGGUCAAUAGUGUAACCGCGAGUCGUCAGCUCGUUGACAAAGAGUUGAGGUUCAUUGCCUUUCUCAUCACACAGCAGAGUGAUGCGGUUAUUGGAUUCAACCAAGGGCAAUGCCUUUGCUACAAAUACGUUGUUGGUUGAUGUUGUCAAGUUCUGCUCAACUUGUAUCACAUCAACAAGACCCACAGCGUGCAUUGCGUCUUGCCACUGCUGCUGUGUCAGCAAGGGCUCGUCAAUUCGAUCCAAAUCGUCAGCAUGAGACCACCAGCUAGGCAAAGUACCGAGAACAAAUUUGAUCCAUGGCACACCAGCGCGCGGCUCUUGUAGGACCAGUCUUCCUUGCGGACUGAGGAGUGUCUUGAUGGUCUUGAGAGACCGAUUGAUGUUUUUGCUUCCAUUCACAACGUUUGUGGCGAUGAUGAGAUCGAAUUCGCGACCUUCCAAGCUCUGUUGUGCGAGGUCGUGGUUGAGAUCAAGGAUCUCAAAGUCAAUGUCGCCGAGUUCCUUCAAACGUUCCUUCGCGGCAGUCAAAACGCUAGAUAGCGCAUCGGACACAACGUACUCCGAGUACAAAGGCCUUCCGUCUGCACGAGUAAUACUUUUAACGAUGCUUCGCGUCUUGUGACCCAAUCCUGCACCGAUCUCUAGCACUCUCAUAUUCGGUUUUGUGCAUGCCAGGGUGUGGAAGUAAUCUUGAUCUUGUUGCUCCUUCAGAAAGUCGUUGAACUGAUCGAGACGUCCGUCUUUGCUAAGUACUUCCAUGGCAAGGGUCUCGCCUUUCAGAAGAGCCUCCAUAUUCUGAGAGAUGGCUAUUAAUGUGUUGGCAGCGGGGGCAGCAGGCGUUGACUGGAGUUUUUCGAUUAACUCAUCCAUACGCGAUGAAACGUCUGGUUGUGCUAUGUCAACCACUUCGUGUUGAAAGAGCCACUUAUGGUACUGAGAGAGGCUUGAUGAAGAUGCGUCAACUGUCUUAGCUACGCUGCUGGCCAUAUUCAUAGCCAUCUGAGCAAGCUCAUCGAGUAAGGGCUGGAAGGAGGCAGCGCCUUCAAGUGGUUUUAUGAGGGUAUCGAUGCUAGCAAAGUCAACAUGAGGAACCCACUCACAAUGAGCAGUGAUUGGCGUGACGUCCUCUUCUUUGUCUUCUCCUUCGUCGAAGAGCGACACAUUGGCACCUGACAUGCGCAACACUGCUCUAUCCCCAGCGUAGAUCCCCCCAUUUCCCACUUGACCUUCAUCGGUUGGUGCGGAAGUUGUCGUGAUUCGUAGACCAUCCUCAUUGCAACGAAGUAUCGUCAUCGAAUCAACCGAUGAAGCCAGGUGUCGUCGGUAGUGACGUCCAAUACCGUUGAAGAUUGAAACAUUCAUCAACUGGAAGUACGCAUCCAGGAUGACGGGGUGGAGGAAGUAUUGCGACUCAUCACCCCAGAUGUUGUUACGCACAUGUGCCGACGCUUGAUGAUUCUCACCAGUGGUAGAACGAAUCUGCUCCAGUACAGCGAACUUGGGCCCAUAUGUCAGUCCUCUCUGUCUCUGUACGUCGUACCAUGUUGAGCUAUCCACCUUGCGCGGUAGAUCUCCCUCAUUCAUGUUUGUCGAAGGCGUUGCAUCGGAUGCCUCUGCGCGGAUCUGCCCUACACAAUGUUUUGUCCAGGUGUGUCCAUUGUGUGAGGAAAUUGAGAAUUCGCACCAUUCGCUGUUCGCGCUAUCGGUCAAACGAUGAGGCCGCAGUGUAGUAAUGACCUCAGUAGCCGUGUCAUCAGCGAGUACCAUCGCGUUGCCAACAGAAACAUUUCGUAAGCUCACUCCGUGGUUGACCCCCGAGUAUUGGCGGAUUGCCUCAGCCGCGAUGCAAACGUAACCUGUCAAUGGGAACACGGUGGCAUCGUCCACCCUAUGAUCUAGAGCCCAGGGAACGGCGUCUACCUGCAGGAGAUUUCGCCAUAUAGGUUCUGAUUCAGUACACUCGGGUAGUCUGGAGCCUAGAAGAUCAUGAUGAGGGUACUGCUUCUCUCGCCAUUCUUUGGCAAUGCGGGAUUCUGACCAGUAUCUACGAGAGUGAUCCCAAGGGUAGCGAGGCAGGUUGGGUAUGCGAGAUCCUUCCGGCGCCAGACUUUUCAGGUCCAGAUGAACAUGCAGGGCGUAAAGCUUUCCGAUUGCCUGCAGAAGAUUCUCGCCACUAUGUUGGUUCCGGAUCAACGUUGGUAUGUAAGCAGCGUUGCUUCCAGUUGAUGCCAGAAUUUGUCGUAGCGGGCCUGCGAGAGCGGAGUGUGGACCCAACUCCAGGAAUACCUCAUUUUGUAUCACACCGGAGUCUACUAAAGCAGAAACAGCGGAGCGGAACAGAACUGGACGCUCCAGAUUGGCCCUCCAGUAUUUGGGGCCUAGUUGAUCGCCUUUCGUUUGCCCUAAGAGUUGCCCCUUGACACUCGAAAAGAAUGGAAUCGAAGGAAUCCGGCCAACCACACCUGAGUGGACCAUAGCUUGCUCAUAGUCCUUCCCGAGAGCAAGCAUAUGGUGCGAGUGGUAAGCUUUGUCAACCUUGAGUCGCGUUGUUAGAGCCGUAGGAUGAUUGGCUUUGAUUCUGGCCGCUACACCAUCUAGCUUCUCUUCGUCGCCGGAGAGCGUCACGCUGCUCGGUGAAUUGUCGCAAGCCGCCACGACACCGGGUACAAGAAACUCCUGUACAUCAUUCCAUCCCAGCCCAACUGCGAGCAUGCUACCGCGCUCGGUGCGCCCUUUAGUAGAAAGACCCCGAUGGAAAGCUACAGUUAUCGCUUCUCCAGCAGUCAGGGCUCCUGCGGCAUACGCUGCUCCAAUUUCUCCGCUUGAAUGUCCUACUACCGCUGACGGCUUGAUCCCGAAAGUUGCAAGUGUAUCAACUAGGGCUAUCUGGAGGGCUGUACACAGUGGCUGCGAGAGCUCGGCCUCGUUUAUGCGACUUAGCCUCGUAGCUUUAAGAAGUUCUUCCCUUAGCGACCAUGACGGUUUGGAGUCGUCUAAUGUUGCGAGAUGUUUCUCAAGAUCUGCAAUAGUACGUGAAAAGGUGCUGUUGGAAAGUAUCAACGCACGCCCUGCUCGUGGCCAGGCUGCGCCCUGCCCAGUAAAUACCAUGACAAUUGAACGUUUUGUGGCGGCGUCAUUCUGCGAUGUCGGAAGAGUAGCUAAGUCGAAUUUGUCUUGUGUCGCUAUUGCAAAAGAUCUAUGAGGGAGAUGCUCUCUUCCAACGGAUAGUGUAUGUGCUACAUCGACUAGAUUCAACGAAUCACCUUUUUCGCUCAGGAGAGACUGAUAGCUAUCUUCGAUAUCUUUCAACGAUUGUGGAGUGUUCGCAGAGAAUAGCAGAAGUUGGGGCUCAGUGGAUUUUGGUGCUAUCGACGAGUUGAUGCGCCGCCUCUGGUCGAAAUUUGUCGUCGAUUCCAAGAUAACGUGCGCAUUGGAGCCACCUACGCCGAAACUGUUGAUACUGAUACGUUUUUCUCUGUCGGUGGGCCAUUCUGUAAGUUGUCCGGGAAUCUGUAAUCCGGCCUUUUCAAAUGGGAUCUUAGGGUUGAGCGGCAUAUAUUUUAUAUUCGGAGGGAUAGAACCAUGCUCUAGAGCCAGCGUGGCCUUGAGUAUCGCAGUAAGGCCAGAAGCUCCCUCAGAAUGACCUAGGUUAGGCUUUAGCGCCCCGAGAAUGAUUCCAUCCUCGAACACAGAAGCGAUAGCUUCCGUCUCGAUAGGGUCUCCAGCGUUUGUACCAGUACCAUGGCACUCGAAAAGUCCGGUGUUUCCGAUGUCUUUAAUACCAGCCACUCUAUAGGCCUGUCUUAUCAACGCCUCUUGAGAAGUGGCGCUAGGCAUGGUCAAUGGGAAAGUCUUCC